AUGUUGCUAGCUAACUUAUGGAUUGAAGUUGGCCUUGUGAAUGGAUCCAUUGGCCUUGUUAAAAACAUUAUCUAUGAACCGAGUACCAAACCACCAGACUUGCCAAACUUUAUUAUUGUCCACUUUCAAAAUUACAAAGGCCCUCCAUGGAAUACAUUACAUCCAAAUGACAUACCCAUUGCUCCUAUUGCCCCAAGUACACGUACACAAAUUCCAUUGACAACUGCUUGGGCGAUAACUAUUCACAAAUCUCAAGGCCUAACAUUAGAUAAAGCUACAAUAGACCUAGGCAACACUGAAAAGCAAGGCCUGACAUUUACAGCUAUCUCAAGGGUCAAAUCAAUUGAUGGAAUACGCAUUCACCCAGCUUUCUCAUUUGAAAGGUAUGCAAAAAUGCAGAAAAGUGCUUUUACCAUUAUAAGAAAGAAGGAAGAGACUCGCUUGCAGCAACUCUCAGCCAUCACAAGCACAUCACUGGAUUCCAAUCUACAGCUAUGA